UUGGCUACGUACGGUGCGAAAGAAAUUCGACAUACAUACAAAAGAGGCUUUUCAAGCCCGCAGGUUGCGGAAGAUCCGACUUACGGAAACCGACUUUACGGAAAUGCUCCCAUAAAUCAUGUAAAAAUUUGCAGAAAUGUUUCCGUUAGUUACGUAGGCGGAAAUAGUGCAGUGCCUUGAGGUUGCGGAUGAAUACCACGGAGGGAGGCAUAGGGCGGGCAGCCGCCUUACGCCUCGCUCCACCAAAACGCCGCCUUCACCAAGUCCGAGCUUGACCAGGAUUAAGGUAAAUGUAAUUUUUUGUAGCGUUAUGUAAUUCUUUCCUUUUGUAGCAUUACGUAAUUGUUUGUUUUCUAUGCUUGGAACUAUCUUUUUUUCCCCCAUGUUUCUAUUGCUAGCUUUCUUCAUUUUAAGUUUAUUUCACGAGUUAUUUACUGUAUGUACUUUAUUUUACACAAUGACACUUGGAUUGCUUGCCGAUUCAGCCAACAGCGAUCGGAGAAGUCUAGGCCUAGCCUAAUGCACGGUAAACGAACAUUCGGCAGUGACAACUUUCUGUUAACAUUAAUAAAUAAAUAAUGCUCCGUGGUAUUCGUAAACAAUUGGAUACGGCAUAUGUUCCAUUCGUUUAACUAUGGGUAGUGUUAAGGUUGAUAUUCGACGACAGCGCGAUACGACACUGAGAGAAAACGAACCUAGUAAUCGGGCAGGGGAGGGGCACGACUAUUUCCGGCUAUGGGAUUUUAUCGUUGAUUUUGGAGUUUUAAAAAAAAUCAGUUCCCGACAUACGGAAAAUGCGGGUUACGGAUCGUGCUCGGGAAUACGGAACCCGGGGACUGCCUGUAAUGGUGUUUCGUGUUGUAUCGUUAAAUUAAUUACUCGUCACAAUUACGUGGUAAUAAUCAAAACCAACUUUAAAGCAUCCCCCUGUUAAGACGAGCCAGAAUAUGAAUGCAACAGAAUUCCACGGACGUCCUAGAUGGCCGUGACUCCGAGAUACGCAGGGCCAGACUCAGUGGUCGCUUUGUGCGUACGUGUGUAUGUUGAACUUCUUUCGCACCGUACGUAGUCGGAGAUGCGGAGGAAAGACAACAAGCUAUGCAGAAAAACACAAACACCAGCUUUAUGUGUUGACCAUAUAAAUUAGGUUGUGAAAUUGCAGCGUCACGCGACCAGAUAUUUUAAUCGUGAUAAAACAGCUUCCGUAACUUGUUUUGGUACUUGGUAAUGGAAUGUAUUGGUUAAGAAGCUCCAUUUCAUUACAUCGGCAGGACAAAGGCGCAGCCCAGCAAAUGCUCGCUUGUGCCACCGCUGGCAGAAGGGCCUCCACUGGAGACAGCCCCUCUAGACGGUAUUUUGAGCCUCCUCUUCCACGCUGGUCGGGCAUCUUGGGAGAGGUAAGGACACAAGACCCCCAUCUCAGAAGGCGCUGUCUGCCUCAGCUGGAGUAACGCACGGAAUCGCGCAAGGCACAGAAGGGUCGCGCCCAUUCUGCCUGUCACGAUGGCAGAGGAGUCUGGCAUCGACCGCACUGCCGCGGCCAGAACGGCAGAUUGCCGCAGGCUCAGCGGCCACGUGGGGAUACGCAGCAUGGUUGACCUUCCCCUGGCCACGCGGCCCGUGAGCGGGACGAGGAGGCAGGACGGUGGGCCACCCGGGGACGACGCCGGCUUGGCGUGCUGGCGCGGUCAGAACAGAAGGGCCCCCUACGGGAGAGGCGCCUGCAAACCGAGAGGCGGCGGCGGCCGGGGCAGGGGCAGAGGGUGCCGUGAAGCCGCCGAGGUCCGGGAGGGCCGGCCGCAACGUCCGGAGGGCCGAGCUGAGCUGGAUCUUGUUAGGGGGCGGGCCGGCAGCCAGCCUAGGCGCGGAGGGUCGCACGUCCAGCGCGGAGAAAGCAACGGUAGGGGUCGGCGGAACAGCUCGUCCGUGCCGCGAGAGCUGCGGGCCGAGCUGGAGGAGGAGCGUCCCAUAGGCUUCAAGGCCCUGGAAGCCUUUCUGGAGGCAGAGCCUGGGGAGAUUGCACUGCGCCUGAGCACGCCACGCUCAGGCCUGAGGCCGCUGCUCAAGUUGGAGGUCAUCCGGAAGGAUUUGCUGGAGCUGCUUAUCAGGGUCGUCGGCAGGGCCAGCACGUCCAAAACCAACCGACAGAGCCACUUUUGCCUCGUGGGACUCGUGAAGGACUCCAAGUUCUUGAAGCUCGUGCUGCCCAUUUUCAUCACCUCCAUGCAGGAAGAGAGCUCACCUGCGCGCACCGCCCUCUACCCGGUGCUGGUCUCCUCCAUGCUGGACAUAGCCAGCGCGCUGCUCGCCGUCUUCCCCAGCAGCUCCAUCGCUGAGGCGUCGUUGCUGCUCACGGUGCUCAACGCCACCGUGACUGCGCUGUGCCAUGGCGGCGAUCGCUCCCUGGAGGAUGCCGAGGGGCGGCUGCGGGACCUGCAGCGGCAGGUGCAGGAGCGGCGGGAGCGGCGACGCGAUGGCUUGGCCAAAGCGCAUGGCCCGAACUCGCAUCCGCCCGAGAACUUCCGUGAGCUGCCACUCUACCCGUCGUAUGCCGACAUCCGCCCCGACCGCAAGCCCUUCGUGCGGCCCAACAUCGUGUGCGGACGCUACCCGGACGCGGCCACCUACCUGGAUGUGCAGUUCCGGCUGUUGCGUGAGGACUUCAUGAGGCCGCUGCGUGAGGGCAUCGCGGAGGUGCUGGGCGCGACGGCCAUGGGCGGUGCGCAUGCCCUCCACGCCCGCUUCAACGACGUGCGCGUGUACCCGGGCGCGAGCGUGGUGGCGCCCAUCUGCACGCCGCAGGGCCUGGUACACAGUGUGCGUUUUGACGUGGCGGCGCUGCGCAACGUGCGCUGGGAGAACUCCAAGCGGCUACUGUUCGGCUCGCUUGUGUGCCUGUCGAGCGACGACUUCGCCACCAUGCUCUUUGCCACGGUGGCCGAGCGCUCCACUGAGGACCUGCGCAGGGGCUUCAUCUGCGUGGCGUUCGCGCCCGAGAGCAGGGGGUUGCUGCGCGCCAUUGGGCCACGCGAGUGCUUCCUCAUGGCCGAGAGCACGUCGUACUUCGAGGCGUUCCGCUACGUCCUGGAGGGCCUCAAGGAGGUGGACGAGAAUGAGCUGCCCUUCGGCCGCUACCUGGUGGACUGCGAGAAGGUGGUGGAGCCGCCCCGGUAUCUUAGGGAUCCGCAGCUGGCGAAGAGCCCCAGCUACGACUUCUCGUGCCUGCUGCUGGAUCGCCACGCGACAGCCAAGGCGCAGGUCAUGGCCCCCGCUCUGCGGCCCAAGCGCUGGCCCGCCAAGGAGGAAAUGGGGCUCGAUGAGUCUCAGAUGAAGGCCCUGGUGGUCGCCGUUACCCAGGAGCUCUCCAUCAUCCAGGGACCGCCCGGCACUGGAAAGACCUACGUGGGCCUCAAGAUUUCCGAGCUGCUGCUGAACAACACGGCUGCGUGGAACCAAGUUGACCCGGGUCCCAUCUUGGUCGUCUGCUACACCAACCAUGCCCUGGACCAGUUCCUCGAAGGAAUCACAAAGAUGGUCUCCACGGACAACGUGGUGCGAGUGGGCGGCCGCUGCUCACGAGAUUCCCUGGAGAGCUGCACGCUGAGGAAGCUGCGCAUGAAGCACCGCGACAACAAUCCGGCGUACCUCCGCAGACUCUUCUACGAGGUGAAGACCGAGAUGACCCAAUGCCAGGAGAUACUGGAGCAGAAGACGGCGCAGCUGAUGGCCGCUCACUUGGGCAUCCUCAGAGACUCGGCGCUGAUGAGCCAUGUCGACAGAGAGCACUGGGAGCAGCUGGAGCAGGUCGUGAAGCAGUCCAUGAAGCAGAUGGUGAUGGGAAGCAAGCGCGUGUCAUUCAUCAUGGAGUGGCUCGGCCUCGGAUUCUCAGAGAUCGGAGCUCAGCAACUCCCAGGCGUGCACGGAGCAGGGGCACAGCCAGGACAAGAUGAGGAGGAGCUGGAGGAGGAGCUGGAGCUGGAGGAAGAGCUGGUGGGGAACCUGAUAGAGGAGGACCGCGCACAGCAAGAUAAAAUUGCGGAGCGGCGCCGCGCGAUGAACGAGCUCCACCGAGAGUUCGUCGCCUUCAGCGUCGAGGACCGUGGGGCUGGAGAGGAUGGGGAGGAGGAGGAGGGGGGCAGGUGGCAGAGCACCAUGAGCAAGCGGAACAUGAAGAGGAUGGUGACGAGCGAGCUGAAAAAGUCGGCCUUCACGUCUGACGACGAGGAGAGACAAGUCCAGAACGUCUGGCACCUGACCAUGGCAGAGCGGUGGCGUUUGUACCGGCUGUGGGUGACCAGGUACCAGACGAGCAUCCGGGACAUGAUCGCGGCCGAGGAGGACCGGUUCCAGAGGCUGGCGGACCAACUGUCAGAGGUGCGGGACGAAGAGGACUACGGCAUCCUGAAGGAGGCCACUGUCAUCGGCAUGACCACGACAGGGGCCGCCAAGUUCCGGGGAAUCCUGCAGAAGGUGCGGCCCAAGAUCGUCAUCGUGGAGGAAGCGGCCGAAGUCCUGGAAGCUCACAUCAUCACCACGCUGAGUAGCGCCUGCAAGCACCUCAUCCUCAUUGGGGAUCAUCAGCAGCUGCGGCCGAGCGCCAGCGUGUACGAGCUUGCCAAGCACUACAACCUGGAGGUGUCGCUCUUCGAGCGCCUCGUCAAGAACGGCGUCCCCUUCGCCCGGCUUGGCAUCCAGCACCGCAUGCGGCCGGAGAUCGCGAAGCUGCUGGUGCCACACAUUUACGACCGUCUGGAGAACCACCCGUCCGUGCUGGAGUACGAGAACGUGAAGGGCGUCGCCACGAACCUGUACUUCGUGCAGCACUCUCACGCGGAGGUGGAGGUGAAGGACAGCAAGAGCCGGCAGAACCUGCACGAGGCGGACUUCGUGGUCGCGCUCUGCAAGCACCUGCUGCUGCAGGGCUACGCGCCGGAGCGCAUCACCGUGCUCACCACCUACACGGGCCAGCUGCUGGCGCUGCGCAAGCGCAUGCCGCGCGAUCGCUACGGCGGCGUGCACGUGUGCGUCGUGGACAAGUACCAGGGCGAGGAGAACGACCUGGUGCUGUUGUCCCUCGUUCGCAGCAACGCCAAGGGCCAGACGGGCUUCCUAAACAUUGACAACCGCGUGUGCGUGGCGCUGUCGCGCGCGCGCAUCGGCUUCUUCAUCGUGGGCAACGCAAAGAUGCUGUCGGCGGUGCCCCUGUGGAAACGCGUGAUCGGCGAGCUGCGCGCCGGCGGGCGCAUCGGCCCCGCGCUCACGCUGCGGUGCCAAAACCACCCGGAGCGCGAGACGGCGGUGGUGACCGCCAAGGACUUUGCACGGUCAUCCGAGGGUGGAUGCGAGCUGCUGUGCGAGUUCCGGCUGGACUGCGGGCACGUGUGCACACGCAGCUGCCACACGGAGGACACCGACCACAAGAAGUUCAAGUGCCAGAAGCCGUGCAGCCGCACGAUCUGCGAGCUCGGGCACCGGUGCCGCCGGGUUUGCAACAAACAGUGCGGGAAGUGCACCGAGCCCGUGGCCAAGACGAUGGCGGCGUGCGGGCACAAGCAGAUGGUGCCGUGUCACGUGGACACAGCGGACUUCUCCUGCCUGGUGCCGUGCCCGAAGCCGCAGGCGUGCGGCCACGCAUGCCCCCUUCCCUGCGGCAAGGAUUGCCCGGCCUCGUGCCUGGUGCUGGUGAGAGAGACGCAGGCGUGCGGGCACGAGUGCGAGGUGCCGUGCAGCCGCAGGCACGAGCCCGAGCCGUGCCACGCGCGCUGCCAGACGGCGCUGGCGUGCGGCCACGCGUGCCUCGGGAACUGCCGGUGGUGCAAGAACGGGCGGUGCCACGCGGCGUGCGGGGAAGCGUGCGAGCGCUCGCUGCCCUGCUCGCACCGGUGCACCGAGCCCUGCGCGGCGCGCGGCUGCCCCCCGUGCGCGCUGCGCUGCCGUAACCGUUGCGUGCACAGCGCGUGCGCGCGGCCGUGUGGCCAGCCGUGCAUGCCGUGCCACGAGCCGUGCGAGUGGCGCUGCGAGCACCACAUUUGCCGGCGGCUGUGCCACGAGGAGUGCGACCGCCCGCGCUGCGACGAGCCUUGCCGCCGCCGCCUGCCGUGCGACCACGCGUGCGUGGGCUACUGCGGGGAGCCGUGCCCCUCCAAGUGCCGCAUUUGCCACGCCGCCGAGGUCACCGAGAUCUUCUUCGGGAACGAGGACGAGCCGUCGGCGCGCUUCGUCGAGCUGGAGGACUGCAAGCACCUCGUCGAGGGCACGGGACUCGACCGGUGGAUGGAGACGAGCGACGACGGCGGCGGUGGCGGCGGCGGGGGCGCGGGCGACGGCGGAGAGACGGCCGCUAUCGUGAAGCUCAAGGAGUGCCCCAAGUGCAAGACGCCGAUCCGGCGGAACCUGCGCUACGGCAACAUCAUCAAGCGCACGCUCGGGGACAUCGAGGCCGUGAAGCGCAAGCUGUGGGGUAGCGACGAGGAGAUCGCGCAGGCGAAGAACCGCGUGCGGGAGAUCCUCGCGAAGGUGAACCCCAAACCGCUGCCCGCGUCGCCGCUGCACGCGAUGCUCAACCUCCGCCACCUGCUCCUUGGGGACAGGACGACGGAAUCCGAGUGGAAAAUCCCGACGGAUUAUCUGAGUGCGCUGCUGGCGGAAGAGCUGAACCUCCUGCAGAUAAACGCUGUGGAGAACAAAGCCAUGCUACUGGCGGACAUCGCCAAGCUGAGGCCAGAGCUGUCGAACAUCGGCACGGAGAGGAAGGAGGUGGUCAAGGAGGCCCUCGACGAGCUGGUGGAGUGGAUGUGCGAGCAGCAAACGGCCGGGCUGACGGAGCAGCAGCUGCAGGACCUGCGGACGGAGACGCUGCGUUUGAGCUUCCUCAUCAAGGUGCAGGCGGGCAUGAGUGUUGCCAGUAACGUGGCCAAGGUGUCCGACACAGCGACUGCGAUCAGCGAAGAGAUCAUGAAAACUCUCACAAACAAGCGCAGGUUCGGGCCCGAGCAGGAGAAGAAGGUGCGCCGGCUCGCCAAGAGCCUCAAGGAGGAGCUACCCAAGAGCGGCCUCGGCAUCUCGGACUCGGAGCGCGCGUCCAUCGUGAAGGCCAUCGGCCUGAAGCCAGGCCACUGGUACAAGUGCCCGCGCGGCCACGUGUACGCUAUCGGCGAGUGCGGCGGCGCCAUGCAGAAAGGAACGUGCCCCGAGUGCGGCGAGCAAAUUGGCGGGGAGCACCACCGCCUGCAGGCCGACAACGCAGUCGCCACGGAGAUGGAUGGCGCGCAGCACGCCGCCUGGUCAGACACCGCCAACAACAUGUUCAACUACGACGAGCUGCGCGAUUUGCUGUGACGCGUCACGGGCCCAGGAGCUGCGGUGUGGAGCCGGCGUACGGGAGGUGGGGGGUCGGGUAAACUCGCCGAUACGUGUUCGUUGUGGUCGUACCGCGUACAGCAAGGCCGUAAUUAUAAUAUAUUUUGGUGGGAACACAUCCCCUCCAAUAUUCAAAUAUGCUACAAAUAUCCCCCCCAAUAUAUUGAAGCCGUUGCUCGACUGCUGUGGGUAGGUACAAUCAAUGUCAAACACUGUACUGUCUCUCCAUUUCAUUACUUUAAAAUGUAUUAAAAAGUGUAAAACUAGAAUGUAAUUUGAGUGUUACGUAGGGUACAUCACUGUCGAGUGGAAACAAACGUUUUUUGGUGAAAACGGGCCAAUUUGCGAUUGCUAAUCAAUCAACCAUCACUAACGUUAGCUAACAUAGCUAAGUAAAUUACUUGGAAAGUUAAUUAGCCACACAUUCACCAACAAUGGCGCUCACGGGCGUAUUCUAUUAAUGUGAAUGUCUUUAUUGUGUUAUAUUUGUCAGAAAGCCCACGUGAAGUUUCAGUACAGUGUCAAUCAUGUAUGUUGCGCUGCACGUGUCAUAUUUGUCGACAGUAGUAGCUUUCAUUUAUUGCAUAUUCGUAUAGUAUAGUGUAUAGCUGUACUUGCUUAUGUGUUUCUUUGAUUAUGUGUUUCUUUGAUUAUGUGUUUCUUUGAUUAAAGUGCAAGCAGUUUUAUUACAUUUA